AUGCUCCUCAGCCAUGUGCUCGAGAACCAGCAGAUGGCGGCGCUGGAGAAGGGCCUCGGGCGCAUGGCGGCCCUGCUCGAGGAGGAGCGGCUCGCCGUCGCGGAGGCCGAGGAGGCGGCGCGGCAUGCGCCGCCGGAGGCCGAGGAGUCGGACUACGACCGGGAGCGGCGCGAGGCGGCGGCGGCGUACCUGCGCGUGCGCGAGGAGCUCUCCUCCCCCGGCGAGGAGCUCGAGGCCGCGGAGCAGGACAUGGACGCGUCCCGCGUCGCCGAGGGCCGCACGUUCCUCGAGCGGCGGACGCGCGUCGUCCUCGCCGACCGCGCCGACUACGGCGACGCGCUCCUGUCCCAGGACGCCGUCGCGGCGGACCUGCGGCGCGCGCUCCGCGCGGCCCCGGAGGCCGACGGCGCGGCGGAAAUCGCCGCGGCGCUCGACGCCCAGCACGCGCUCGCGUUCGCUCUAACGCGCGCGCUCGACCGCGACGCGGACGACGACGACGCCGCGUGGCGCGACCUGCGGGCCCGCGCCGACGAGCUCGAGCCGGCGGUGCUCGCGGACUGCCCGCGGGGCGCCGAGGAGCUCGCGCGGCUCCGCGCGCUCGCCGACGGCGUCCUGGAAGCGAAGGCGGCGCUGCGCGCCGCGCUCGCGGCCGGCGGCGCCGCGGCGCUCGCGGAGGCCCACGACGCGGCGACGCGGUCGCUGGCCGCCGUGCUGGGCGUCCAGGGCGACCACGUCGGCUUCGGCCUCCUGCUCCGGGCGCGGCGCGCGCGCGACGCCGCGGCCGUCGCGGAGCGCGCGGCGGCGGGAAACAGGGCAGCAAAAGAGAGCGAAAUUCCCAACUUCAAAGGCUCCGAUCUCGGCCAUUUUCCACUCGCCGGAAAGGCCGCGACGCCCGCGCGCGCGCUCGCGGCGCUCCGGAGCGCCGUCGACGCCUUCGCGGCGGACUUCGCCGUCGAGGACGCCACGGCGGGGGCGAGCAAGCGGCGGGCGGCGCCGCUGCGGGCCGCGCUCGAUGUGGAGCCGGAGGACGCGCUGAGUCGCGUGCUCCGCGCCGCGGAGCGGCGGGAGAAGGGGCCGCCGCGGGACGUCGAUCACCCCGCCGUCGCCGCGGCGGCGGCCUGUUUGCGGCUGGACGAGUUGGCGUCGAGCCUCGACCGGCGGUGGGGCGAGCUCCGCGGGUCGCCGGAGCCCGGCGACUACGCGCUCGCGCGCGCCGCGCGCGACGCGCUCGCGGGCGCCGCCGCGGAGCCGUCGGACGACGACGCGGUUCUAGCCGUGCGCCGCGCGUGCACGGCCUUCGCCGCAAACUGCGACGUCGAGCUCGCGCUCGGCGCGCGGCUGCUCGUGCCCAUCCGCUGCGACCUGAGCCUGCUCAUCGUGCGGCACGCCGUCGAGGCGGCGAAGGACUUUGGCUACGACGCCAGCGACGCGCCCCUGCGCGCGGACGUCGUCGAGGCCGCGCGCGCGUCGCCGCUCUACGAGGCGCCGACGUGCGACGAGACGCCGCCGGAGCCCGUGAGCGGCCGCGACGCCUACGCGGCGCACUGGGCGUACAAGACCUGGGCCGACAUUCCCGAAAUCCAGCACCCCGGCGAGGGCUGCGACGCGAGCGAGAUCAAGGCGGAGUUGUUUCGCGGGCCGACGCCCAUGGCGCCGCUCGAUCCGCCCGCGACGCUCCGCGACGCGCGCGCCGACGCGGAAAGGCGCGUCGAGGCCGUCGAGGCGCUCGUCGCGCGGUUCCGCGUGGCCAUCAAAGCCGCGGACCGCGCGGCUUUACGGACCGCCGUCGACGACGCGGACGCGAUGGGCUUCGGCGGCGACCCCGUGGGCGACGCGGCGACGCUCCUGGCGACGGGCGCCGUCGACGACGACGGCGGCGUCGCGUACACGGGGCUGCGGUCCGGCCUCACGCUGCCGCGCGCCGACGACAUCUGCCCCAACUGGGGCGACCCGCCGGUGCUCACGACGGAGCAGGAGGUCGACGCCGCGCGCCAGCUCCAGAUGGAGCUCGACGAGUGCGACGCCGAUAAGUUCGAGGGCUUCGAGGAGGCGGGCAAGCACGACUUCGGCGAGGGCUUCGACGACGCGUUUUUGUUACUCGCGGACGCGCCGCGGAACGCGGAGGAGGAGGCGAAGAUCAAGGCGCUCCGGGCGGACCUCGACCGGCAGCGCGCGGACGCGCCGCGGCUUUUGGACGCGAAGCUCGCCGCGGAGGCGGCGGCGCUCGCGAAGGACCACCUGGCCUACUGCGAGAAGCUGCGGGACGAGGUCGUGAAUCUGAUGUACACGGGCGACAAGGACACGCCGCCGACGGACCUCAUCAGCCGCGAGGACGAGGAGAAGAUGAUGGCCGAGGAGCGGAAGAAGUACGACUUCGAGUGGCCGCCGAAUCCGGAGCGCUGGGGCGCGGAGCUGCCCGACGACUGGCGGCCCCAGGCGUCCCUCGACGACCGGGAGAACGACGUGCACCCCGAGGACUUCAAGUGGUCCACGACGCCCUUCGACGGGCGGGACUACUGCGAGCCCACGGAGCCGGUCCCCGAGUACGACGACGAGACGACGGUCUACGAGGACAUCCCCGUGCCGAGCUGGAAGGACCUCCAGUGGCCCGGCAUGGACAAGUGGAAGGCGGAGCAGGCCAUCCGCGACGCCAAGGAGGCGGCCUGGACCAAGGAGGACACGGAAAGGCGCGUAAAGCUCACCGUCGACCUCGCCGAGGAGAUCUCGUCGGACAUUAGCAACGCGCACGCGCGCGCGACGGCGACCACGCUCAACGCGCACUGGAUGGACGGCGCGUCCUGGCGCGGGCCCUACGCGACCAAGGGCAGCCUCGUCGCCCGGGAGUUCAUCGAGGACCUCGAGGGCGGGUGCCCGGGCACCCACCCGGACUUCCCCAACAAGGCACAGUCCCCGACCGUGCUCUGCGCGCUGCUGCCGAUAGCUCGCGGCGAGUUCGAGUCCUGGGACAUGCACGGCGCGUCGAGCCUGCCGCCGCGCCACUACCUCGACGCCUUCUCGCGGCCGCACGUGCUCCGGCGCGUCUGCCUGCGCCGCGGCGGCUGCGCCGGCGGCGUCGCGCUCAGCGACGCGGAGGUCGCGGGCCUCCCGCUCGAGGACGUCGUCUUCGGCGACGGCCACGUCCGGCAGACCUACUUCGAGCAGCACCGGCCCCUCGCGGCCGUCCGCGGACUCUGGGAGAAGCCCGACAUCGAAGUCCAGCGGCAGGCGGAGAAGGCGACGCAGCGCCGCUUGGAACAGGCCGCGAAGCAGCGGCCGUCGCUGCUCUCGCCGCGGAACCGGCGCCUCGCGCGCGGCGAGCGGCGAAAGAAACUCGCGGAGAAGACGACGACGGGCGCCGCCGUGCUCCUCGAAGACACACAACCGUGCUACGUGUCCGCCGCGAGCAACUGGACAACCACAAAAUACCUCGGCGAGACGCUCGACCUCGCUUUGCUCGGCGAGCGCCCGAACGCGUGGGUCGGCCGCGCGUCGACGGCGGCCGCGCACUACGAUGCGGCGGUCAACUCCUUCGCCGUCGUGCGCGGGUCGAAGCGCUUCCUCGUCGCGCCGCCGGGCACCGUCGAGGACGAGCGCAGCUACCUGCACCCGCACUUCCGGCGGUCGCGGUCGCUCGCGGCCGCCGACGAUCAGGAAGUGGUCGCGGCGGGCUUCGAGGCCGUCGACCUCGACGCGGGCGACGUCCUCGUGCUGCCGGCCUACUGGUGGCACCAGGUGUCGACGGUGGACGGCUUCUCCAUCAGCGUCAACGCGUGGAAACGGCCGCCGCCCGUGGAAAAAGCGAUGGCGCUCGCGAAGCGGCCCGACGACGUGCUCCCCUUCGGCGCGAACUGGGCCCGGGGCGACACGAUCGCCGUGCUGGAGCGGCUGCUGGAGACGCUCGUCGCCGGCGUGCUGAGCGGCGUCGACGCCCGGGCCUGGCUCCGGCGGAAGCUCGAGCAUCGCCUCGGCGACCUGCCCGGCAUGUACCCGAAGCUCCUGACGGGCGCGACGGCGCGCCACUGCGCGCCGGCGAACCGCGCGGCGCGGGCCGCGCGCGCGGCGGCGCUCUGGGACGCUCCGGCCAUCGCGCCGCGCGUCGCGCGCGCGGCCGGCAUCCUCCGCGGCCUCGACGAUGCGCGCGUCCGCGCCGUCGAGCUCGGCAACGCCGUCGAGGCCGUCGCCCAGGCGGCCCUCGCGCCGGAGAGGAACGCGACGGAGUUCGCGCCGGGCAUCUUCGAGUGCCGCGCGCGCCGGAGCGCGCGACCGGCCGUCGCGUUUUUGCUGUCGUGUUUCCGCGACGACGAGCGCGCGGCGCCGGCGGCGGCGGACGCGUCCUUCGAGGACGAGGACGCGGGCUUCGAGGACGAGGACGCGGGCUUCGAGGACGAACGGUGGAACGCGACGCCGGCGGACGCGGCCGUCGGCGCCGCGCCCGCGGCGGUCGGCCGCGUCGCGACGGCGUCGGAACUCUAA